GUGGUUCAAUCAAUUUGCAUACAAACAAGAUGGCGUCGUAUUUUUCCUAAUCGGCUUUCGCACAGCUGAAAUGGAAUCACAGGACCCUUCGAACAACUGAUUUUGACAUCUCAGCUAUGGAUAGAAAUGAUUCCCGAUGCAAGGGUUAAAGGCUCUACAUACUGUAGCAGCCGAGGACAUACAGAUCUACAAGGCCAGGAACUGCCGCAAGCCAGCCCUUGACCUCAGGGGUCUUUGCCUCACACAAAUCCCUGACUCCAUCUGCUGUGGCAUACUAACACAGUGCCUUACAUCAUUGGACAUCAGCCAAAACAAGCUGAAAUGUGUGCCAUCAUGUGUCGGUCAGCUAACGUUAUUGCGAGACCUGAGGGCAUCUCGCAACUUCAUAGAACAAUUGCCAGAGGACUUUGGAGGCCUAAAGGAACUCAGUUUCAUAGACCUUUCUCACAACGAACUCAGACAUAUUCCAUUGAGCCUGGAUAAUCUUGAGUGCCUGCAGCAUGUGAACUUAUCUGGGAACAGAAUAAGUGAAUUGAGGGACAGAACUUUUCAUCUGCCCAGGUUAAGAAAGUUUCAUAUCACUAGAAACCCUAUAGCUAAUGUACCUCAGGAUGUAUAUUUAUAUGGAUUGCAGGCAAUCCGUUGCUUCUUUGAUAUCACUAUUAGUGUGCCACAGCAGGACUGUUGGAGUCAGGAGGAUUCAUAUUCUUCACUGUGUGAAAAAAUUGCUCAUCUUAAACUGAAACAUGUAGAAACUAAACAAACGGCAGUUGUCCAUGGCUGUUCUUCAUCGAAGCCUACAUACCGAGAAGAUUCUCACAAUGAAAGGACUAGUGCAUUCAGAAUAGUCAGGAAUAGUGCCGCAGGUUCGCACAAACAACUCCAGCGAUUAGAGUCAGAUGGCCAUGUCUCCACAAGUGACUAUGGUUCAUGUACAGGAUCAAUGGGUGGGAGUGCCUUUCAAGGAAAGCAGGAAGAUGAUGCAAACAGUUGUUGUGGGGACCAGGGAAGUGAUGCUGAAGAUGUUCCUCGCAUGAUAGAGGAGGAGAUUGAGACUUGUGAUACUUGCCAUAAACCCCUGGUACCUGAAGUUGACUUUGAAGAUGAUGAAGUUGUAGACUUCAUUUUGCCAAACAGAGCUAGGUUUCUGAAGACUGGCAAUGCAGCAGUUCUUAUUCCUGAACACAACAAAUCAAACAUUUUGCGAACAGAUUUCUUCUUAGAACUUCUAGGAGACAUAAAGUUUGUUCCAGAACUUGGGGAUGAUAUGGUUCAUGCAAGUUCAGUUGCUUUUCUUGGCCCCCAUGGAACAUUAUUCUAUGAGGACAGUCCUGCAAUCAUCCGGUUGCCCCUUUAUCUGGAUGUUGGAGUAUCGCAAGUGAGGUGCUUCACAAGCAACACAGAUGACAUGGAAAAUCCUUUAUGGAUGGAGGUACCUACAUGCGACUACAGGGUAUAUCAAGGAUACGUGUUGUUGAGAACGAAUCACUUUUCUUUAUUUACCGUCAUGUUGGAUAAAGUUACCCCUACUGUUACAAGAGUCAUAAGAAAAGAUGAGGGUGGAAAACUUGUGGUAGAUCAGGUUCCUGGAGUCAAGGUUGAUUUCCCUGAAGGAUCCCUAUCCGAAGAUGUUACAGCUUCUGUUAAGGUCUUCUGUUCAGAACUUCCUUCUCAUCUGAGAACAAAUCUUCCCAUGAGAGAUGCUUUUGCAUCCCCAACGGUGGUGCUUCAACCACAUGGCUACUUCUUCAAAGUGCAACGAGACUGCAAGGUUACUGUUGAGCUGCCAAUACCAAACUACAGUAAGAUAAUUCAGCAAUUUGGACAUGAAGCCCAACUCUCUGUAUGGCAUAGCCCAACGUCAGAAGAAGAGCCUGUAUCAUGGGAACCACUGAAUGUCAAUUAUCGUAUCAGAGAAGAUGCAAAUGCCAGUUACUUCAUAGCCAUUCCUGUCGAGCACUUCUCCUGGCUGACAGCCAUCUGGAAUGGGAUCAGAAGUAAGCUCAAUAACACCGGAAUGUCACUGGGCUUCUAUUCUGGAGGAGCUGUGAGCAUGAAAUGCCAGGCAUGGAUGCUGGAGAGUUCAGAUACAGAGAAGUUUGGUCUCGUGGUCAUUUGUCAUCUAAGUGAUGACAGCACCAUGCAGGAUGUGGGCAACUAUGCUAAGAAUGUUGGUGGCAGCCUCAAGCCUGUUGCAAUAGCACCUGGUGGAGAUAUUGUUGUGAAACUAGGACGUUCAGACUACUUUGAGGCAGAUACCCGGGCGAGUGAAGACCCUAGUUUGGAGAAAGUGGAAGCCAACUACAGGGGUGGUGAGUUUGAGAUGCAGUUUGCUUGCCGCUUCAAGGGAAGCAACAAACCCAAGGAGAGGGAGAUCUUUGGCAAGGUGUUUGUGAUGCGAAGGAAAGAGGAUGGCUCAGAAGAACGUCUUUUUGAAUUCAACCUUAUCAAGAAGAGUGAUGAGCCUGAUGAUACUCCUGAGGAUCCUUGGACAGCAGCCUCCCUCAAAGAACUUGCAGACAUGCACGACAUCACUCAGGGUGAGAACUGGAAGCAGUUUGCCCGUGCCCUUGGUUUCAGCUACCAGGUCAUCCGCACCAAGCUGGGCCGGGCUGCUGACCCCUUCUCCGAGAUCGUAUCAAUGUAUCGAAGACAAGGAGGAGAGUACGACGAGUUCAUGCUUACGCUGAAUCAAAUUGGCCGCAAGCUUCGGAUGAACGAUACCUCAUCAGAGGAAUCUGCAGCACCAAAUUCAGGAGGAGCUCAGAGCUGGAAACAAAUGUUGACUCUUAGGAGUUGGUUUGGAGGUGGAGGCAAUGCCAGUCCAUCGCAGUCAAGGUCACGCUCCUCAUCACCUAGGAGUGUACAUGAAGAUGAUGAAUGCCAACCUGGACCUAGUGGUCUGCAGAAUACCAGUAGAAAACGUCAGUGUCCAACCUGUGAGGCAGAGCCUGUGGUUCCAUCAACCCCAUCCCGUUUCGGCAAGCGUCUACGCCUCUCACCCACCGCAUCUGAGUCCUCAGGGGGUAGCGACGACCUCAUGCACACCCUUCGUGUCAACCCUGAUCAGUCACCACCCCGCACUCCCGGGGGAAUCUACUGUAGCCUACCCAGCACUUCCCGCUACUCGCCACCUCACAAUACCUUCCACCAGGGUCCGUCUAACGUCACCCUCGUGUCCAACCGCAACAACGCUCCUGUCUUGACACCAGGUGUUGGUAUGUCAGGCAUUGGAGGCAUGUCUAGUAUUUAUGGCGCAAGCACAUCACAACUUCCCUCAGGCAGUGCCCAUCUUUUCAACAACACCCCCUACACAGCAGUCCCGUACGGAAGUAUUCCUAAUACAGCACAACAGACCUUGCCGAAUGCCCUGAGUGACCAAGAGAACCUACUUCGUGCCAACCCUCAAGAGAUCAGCCAGACCAACCUCUACCACAUUGCCUCCCUGAUACAGAACAACUGGGUGAAGGUUGCCCGCUUCGUCCGUGAUGAUGAGACCUUGGAGACAGACAUUAAAUCCAUCAAGGAGAACCACUCCAGUCCCGAGGAGCAAGCGACCCAGAUGCUCCUGCAGUGGAGGGAGAAGUGUCCUGACCGGUGCACUAGAGGGAUUCUCUAUGGAGCACUUUGCGACUUGAAUCUGAAGUCUGUUGCCAAGAAGUGUGAGCAAAUCUACAAGAAAUCCAGAUGAUAGGAAGUAGGCAGCUUUCAUUCUGGAGGCACGUAUAUGUAGCUUCUUGAAUGAGCAUUCAAUCUGGGGGAAAUAGCUGUGUUUGGCCAUGUUGAAAACAGGUGUGUCCUAAUUCCUCCUGUCUUGCCAUUUGAUUACUUUCCAGUCUUCUAAUGUCAUUCAUAUUCCUACCUCCACAGUUUGUUGAUUUUCAAAUUAAUUCAAAAUUUUCAACUGUAAAACAGUCCAUUGGUCAAAAUAAUUGUGUUCUGUAUUUGGCAAUCAGCUAUAUAUCAAAUAUAUAAAACCUAUCAUAUAUGUUUCAAAAUUCUCAAAGGUUUCUUAUUGAAUGGAAAUGUGGAUGUUGGUAAAAUUGCGAGUCGAUUUGGCCAAAGUGCAGGAAUGAAGCAGGAAGUCUAUCAAGCGGGACUUUUAAAAUUGAUCGAUGGAAAGUUGAUGCUUACAAAGCUAAUCAAAUCACUGAAAUUAAGCACCAUGGCAACAAAAGCAAACAUAUUUGUGUAGUCGAUCAUCAUUGAAAAAUACAUUUUUGGAUCAAGCUUUUGUUUUUAUUGUAUGAUAAUGAAUUUUUAUUUUCUAUUGCCAACUGUAAUUGGGUAUGAAUAUGUAUAAGUUUAGUAGACAUCAAGUUAAUUGAAUUCAUGCAAAGUGUGGAAUUUAUGGCCAAACAUGGAUGUGCCCUGGUAUUUCCAGCAGUGCUGAUAUAUUGAGAUGAUCACUUCAAGGUUUCUUGUUUAGCGAUUAGGUUAAUACAUGUAUAUUAAAACUUGCAAGCAUUCCAAGCAUUAUUCAAUUGUUCUUCUGUAACCAUCGCUUUAAUUAUGACUGAUGUAUGGCAGAUCUUCAAAAGUAUACAGUUAUUUUGUCAUAAACUCUGUUGUGUUAUAAUAGCAUGAGUUAAAGUUUUUGCAUUGCUCCUUUUAUACAUACAGCUAGCUCUUCAUGACUUGUGCAGUAGUACUUGCUGUUGAGAAGUAGGGUAGUGUCCCAUGCUGUACUGCCAAAGUCAAUAUUUUAUAAUUUUGUAGUGCUGCAUGCCAAAUAGUGUUUUAUAGGACUUAUGGAUGAGUGCUGGUCACUUACUUUUCACCAUACAAGCCCUUGAAGUGCUGCAGCGGUGACAUAGAUAAUGGCCUUCUUUUGAAUAAGCCUGCGGUCUUUAAUUGUGUAUAUAUAUCUUCAAAAGACAUUGCAUGCGGUGAAUUAUCCUUUAUGUAUAAAAUGAAAGAGCUAUUGUAUCAUGUCAUGAGCAUUACCAAAGCAUUGUCUUUGAAGAUUUAAAGCUACAGCCACAUUGAAAUAACAUCAGUUUUAGUCCUGAGCAACGCAAAUUAAAUGUUUUUUCAUUUAAUGUUGCAAUAUACAUACCGUAAGGGCACUAGUAUUCAACCCGUUUGGAGAGUUUCCUCAAAUAUAUAGAAAUAUAGAAUUUACCUGAAUUUCAGACCCGUCUUAUUUCCAAGAGCAAAUGCUGGUUAUUCUUUUUCCGUUAUUUUUUUCUUCAACCAGUUGACUGUGUGCGCGGGCGAUCGAAUUAUACAGCAACGGAUUUUGGUACUAGUAUUCAACCCGUCGGCACUAGUAUUCAACCUAGCGAUGAAAGAUGGCCCUGUCUCUCAAUCUGUCCUUGUCCCAUCCGACUAUGGACUAGACUAUUUGAGAUGAGACCAAACAGGGAAUUAAUCAAAGCCAGAGACUUACAUAGAUCUAGAUAUAAUUUAGCAAUCUAAACCCUUUUGAGAUUUGCUAUCAAUCCUGACUAGGUUGAAUACUAGUACCAUUCAGUGCAAAAGGCCAUCGCCGCAUAAUUCGAUCCUCCGCGCAUACAGUCGACAGAUUGACAAAGAAAAUAUCGACAACAGAUUACCCUGGAAAUAACAAAGGUGUGAAAUUAAGAUAAAUUCCCUAUUUCUAAAUAUUUUGGGGAAUAUGUCAAAAUCUUUGAAUUAUGCCGGGUUGAAUACUAGUACCCAUACGGUACCCACUACAGUUAUUUUAUCUUGAUAAGUUCUUCCAAUUUUCUUCAUAGUUAAUGUCACAGCUACGUUGCCAAUAAACAACAAGAUUACACUGUGACUCCAAAUGUUUUCACUACAAUGAUAAAAAAGGUCAUCAUAAUUUGUAUCAAUCUGAAACAUUCUGACGGUUUUUUUUUUUUAAAGAGUGUAUGAAUCAAGACAAAUUUCUGAUACUGUAUUGUAUUACUAUACCCACCAAUGUGUGAUUGAUCCAGCAUAGGAA